GAGGAGCGACUUUGUCGACGAAAACUCGAACGAAGAGCGCCUCGCCCUCCGACAGAAAGAGUUCCUUGUUCUCCAUCUGGGUCUCUGACUGACCGACCGACUGAUCCGCGGAAGGACGAGCCAGCGAGCAUUCAUUCGUUCGCACACUCGCAACACUCUGCUCUGCUCUGCUCUCUCUUCUCUGGUGCUGCGGUGGUCGUUUAGGGUUCUCGUGGGAAAUCGGUCAAUCCCAUGGCUGCCCGACGGGCCCUCGCCAUUCUGCCCUCGUCGUUGCGGGGCCUUUCGUCGGUGGCAUUCCAUCCCGCCGAGCUGCAGGGUGUGUACAACUUCGGGGCCGAUUCCAAGGCCAAUGUCAUCCGAGCCGGCGAGAUCGGCGAGGUGUCUGGCGUUCCUGAUGAGCAUUUGCAUCGCAAGGUCCUUAUCUACUCACCUGCUCGAGUAGCAUCACAGCAAGGUGUUGGUAAAACCGGUGUAUGGAAGAUCAGCUUCGAGUCAACACAAAAAUGGGAAAAUCCUUUGAUGGGAUGGACUUCAACUGGUGAUCCUUAUCAUGCUGUGGGCGAAGCAGCUUUGUACUUCGACACCAAAGAAGCUGCCAUGGAGUUUGCCAGCAAAUAUGGCUGGGAGUACACGAUUCGGGAGCCAAAGCAAGUCAUUCAAAGGACCAAAGCCUAUGCAGACAACUUCAAGUGGAGGGGACCAGCAGAGGAAGAAGGAUGACAAGGCAAGCAGUCUCUUGCAAUGCAGUCAUAUGAACUGUUGACUCUUCCCUCUCCAUUUACUUGUGUCUAUCAUACCAUUCUUUAUGGGGGUCUUAGCUACUAUGGUAAUAUGACCACGGUUGGUAUAUGCUGAACCUCAAAACUGGAAUGAGUCUCCACAUGCCAUGUGAGGUUUUGGUAAAGGCUGUGUGAGCCCAUUCAGCGGUUUCACUUUUUUUUUCCAAAAACUAGCAGGAUCGCAGAGGCACUGCGCAGACCCUUCAUACAUUUUGAAACAGUCCCAAUGUACAGUAUACAAGUUACAAAUGGUAAGGAGAAGGUUUUGCAACUGAGAAGAAGUCGAUGAGCUGGUUGCCUUAUUUCUUGUAGUAGUGGAGACCCGGUUUGAUUCCAACGCCGUCGUCGUUUCCGUUAUGUUGCGUACAUGUACUAUCUAAGUUGAGUCAGUGUGAGUUACGAUUUUAAAGUCAUUAACAGCAGUUUUCAUAACUGUUAGAGAGCCCAACUCGUUCACUCGUGGGUACUUCAUACAUGACUCCCCGGUCAUCUCUUGCUACAUUCGGAAGUGAUCUUAGAUAAGUCAUAUUCACUUCUUUCAAUGUUUUUGUUGUUAAUGCAGAUUCGAGAUAGAAACGUGAGCCUUUAGAGCCUUGUUCGGAUGUUCAACAGAAAUAAUAAUGUGGCUGAGCUGAAGUUGUGCAUGGUAUUUGAUUAGGUGUGUCAGAGUGCAAUGGAUUAUCAUGGUGUGGGAAAUGAAAUCUGCUAUUGUUCACGACUUUCUACAUUCAUAUCUGGAGAUUCUUUUAUCUAGCCGGAAUUGUUAUCGAAUUCUCAACCUCUCAACAGUCGUCGACCUAUGCCGAAUAUGGCCUCAGCAGCGCAUGUACAUGUAUUUCGAAAGCGAUUUUGGAUCGGGUCCUUGUCGAAGACAUAUUCACCAACUGGUAUUACACGAAGUACUAUUUUUAAACAUCAUGUUGGCUGGACGUUUUGUGUCUGUCAUGUUUGUUUGGUGAGUGUGCAAGAUUUGCGAGUCACAGACAGAGCAUUCUUGAAGGAAGAAAGCAACAGAGGAUUAAUUUGAUUAGAAGAAAUUCCCUAGCAAUAUCUUAAGGAUGAAUAUUUACUUCAACAAAAUUUUUGAAUCCAAGUUGUGGCUAAAUUCUUUUUAGACUCAGUGUCCUCUUCAGCACUCGUCGAGGUAUGAAGAGACCUAUUUUUUUGGUUAACUCUGGGUUCCUGAACGCCCAUCUCGAUUCAGGACUGGAACCUUCUUAAUCUUCCGGUUCUAUGUACUUCGGCCAAUCUGGAAGGGGCGUCACCGAUCACCCACAUCA